GGUGCGGGAGCGGCGGGCGCCGCGGAGGGGGACGCGCGGGCGCGGCAGCAUGGAGGAGCUGAGCAGCGUGGGCGAGCAGGUCUUCGCCGCCGAGUGCAUCCUGAGCAAGCGGCUCCGCAAGGGCAAGCUGGAGUACCUGGUCAAGUGGCGCGGCUGGUCUUCCAAGCACAACAGCUGGGAGCCCGAGGAGAACAUCCUGGACCCGCGGCUGCUGCUGGCCUUCCAGAAGAAGGAACAGGAGAAGGAGGUUCAGAACCGGAAGAAAGGCAAGCGGCCCCGGGGCAGGCCGCGGAAGCUCACGGUGAUGUCCUCCUGCGGCCGGCACGCCAAGCUCAAGGAACCGGACGCCGCCUCCAAGUGCAAGUCCAGCAGCUCCUCCUCGUCCUCCACGUCCUCCUCCUCGUCCUCUGAUGAAGAGGGGGACAGCGACCUAGACGCCAAGAGGGGCCCCCGCGGCCGGGAGACCCACCCGGUGCCUCAGAAGAAGGCGCAGAUCCUGGUGGCCAAGCCCGAGCUGAAGGACCCCAUCCGGAAGAAGCGCGGCCGCAAGCCGCUGCCCCCGGAGCAGAAGGCAGCCCGGAGGCCGGUGAACCUGGCCCGGGUGCUGAAGACCGCCAGGAAGGACCUGGGGGCGCCGGCCAGCAAGCUGCCCCCUCCGCUCAGCGCCCCCGUGGCCGGCCUGGCGGCCCUGAAGGCCCACGCCAAGGAGGCCUGCGGCGGCCCCAGCAGCCUGGCCACCCCCGAGAGCCUGGCCAGCCUGAUGAAGGGCAUGGCCGGCAGCCCCAGCCGCGGCGGCAUCAGCUGGCAGAGCUCCAUCGUGCACUACAUGAACCGCGUGAGCCAGAGCCAGGCCCAGGCCGCCGGCCGGCUGGCGCUCAAGGCCCCGGCCGCCGGCAAGUGCGGCCUCGGGCUGGACCUCAAGGUGAGGACGCAGAAGGGCGAGCUGGGGUUCAGUCCCCCAGGAAGCAAACUCCCAAAGGCCCCCGGCAGUGGGGUGAUGGAGCCGAAGGGGGGGGCUGGGGGGCCCCCCCACGCCCACAGUGGCAGCAAGGUCCCUGCCGGUUGCCUGGGCCCUCAGCCUGCGCCCACCCAGGAGCUGAGCCUCCAGGUCUUGGACUUACAGAGCGUCAAGAACGGCAUGCCGGGCGUGGGCAUGGUUGCCCGCCACGCCACGGCCGCCAAGGGUGUCCCUGCCACGGUGGCCAGCACUGGGAAGGGCGCCGGGGCCGGUCCCACCGGGGGCAACGGGGCUGGCAUGCUGGCCGACACCGGCAAGAGUGAGAAGCUGGCCCCGCGGGCUGCCGCUCUGCCCGCCCCUGCGGGGAAGAGGGACUGCGGCAAGGGCGGCGCGGCCCCCGGAGGGCAGGAGGGGCCUGGGGCCCUGGGCAAAGCGGCCGCGCUGUCCGAGAUGAGCACCGGCGAGGAGAACAGUAGCUCCGACUCGGACCCGGACUCGGCCUCGCUGCCCGGCGCCAAGCAAAACCUGUCCGUGUCGGUGCAGACCAGCCAGGACUGGAAGCCCACCCGCAGCCUCAUCGAGCACGUCUUUGUCACGGAUGUCACCGCCAACCUCGUCACGGUCACCGUGAAGGAGUCCCCCACCAGCGUGGGCUUCUUCAACCUGCGGCACUACUGACCCCGUGGCCGCCGCCCGCCUACACGCCAGGCCACUCCAGGGCAGGCAAACGGGCCGGGUCGUACCUCGAUGCCUUGCUGGGGCCCGGCCGCCCCGUUCCUACCUCGGCCUUCGCUUCCCUUUGGCCUCAGGAAGUCUGGGCAUACCUGCAGCUCGAGCCAAAUCUCGGAACCGCCCUCCUGGCUGUGGUGACGGCUCCCGGUUCCCAGGGGCACGGUUGUUCCAGGAGGGAACUUCUGGGCCAGCGUGGCUGUUGGGGGGGGGGGCGGGGGGCAGGGCCUGGAGGACCACACCAGGGCAGGCAGACCAAGAUGGGGGGCAGGGGCCUUGCUGCCAGAACCCCGCCCCCCCCCCGCCCCCAGAACUGUGCCUGAGCUGUUAGAGGUGAGGGGACUUCAUCUCAGUCACUGUCCCCUCCCCUGAUAGCUGAGGGCUGUGGCCUUGAUGUGAAGGGCAGGUCUUGGAGGGGGGCUGAGCUGCUGCACCUGAAGAGCCAGCCUCCGGGUUCCAGGGGCAGGAGGAGAGGGUGUCGCUCCGGCUGCCUGCCUUCCUGCCAUCUGUGCCAGGACCACCCAGUCCUCAUCUCAGCCCCACAGACUGCCGGGCCUGCUGGUUGUGCGGGAGCCUCUCCGCCGUCCCGCCCAUGGAGAGGCCCAUCAUCCCUGACAAUCCCCCCACCUCCGGGGGCCCCGUGUCCUUCCCAGCGGAGACGCUGGCUGCCUGCCGGUGCAUUUGGGAAGUGGGACAAAAUCAGAGCGGCCCGCCAGGCGGAGGCCCGGGGGGGAGGCUGCCCUGUGUGGGUUCCCACCCGCCAUGCAAUUGCUGUCCUGGACGCGGGGGAGAGGUGGGCCAGCUGGGGCGUCACCGGGUCGGUAAUGCCAAAAAAAGUGGGCUUUGGGGGACUCCGGUUUUUAUUUCCGUGAUUGGUUAAGUCAGCCAGCGGGCCCUGACUGCAUGGGGGGGGGGGGUGCCA